AUAAAUGAUAAGGAUGAAGAGAGGAGUUGAAAUCCGGACAAGUUGCUGAUUCCAUCACAAAUGAACUGCGUCGGUUUGGCGGCGAAUAAGUCAUCAAGCCAAUUUUUGAUACCCUGUUUUGAUGGGAACCGUAUUCCAGUGAUGGCGAUCCGAACAAAUGGUAGUGAGAAGAGACAAGAUCUGGCCUAUAAGACAGCGCAAUUAAUAAAGAGCGAGUAAGGAGAAAGGUGCUCAAAAACUGUGGAUUCUGGCAAACUAUAAAGCAAAUGCCAAGUGAUGUAUUUUUCGCCUACUUUAGAAUGAAACCAGACACUUGUGAGGACAUCCUCUACAGAAACUUCAAUACAUGCUAAAGCCAUUAUGGAGAACACCCCGAACUGGCCGACCUUGCUUAUCAUUGCAAAGAUGUAAUAGGUAUACACCUAACUUUGUGGAAACUUAGUAAUCAAAAUAGUUUUCGAGAAUUAAGUGAUCGGUUUCACCUAGGAACUGGGACUACGUAAAAUAACUUUAUACGAACAAUAAAAGAAGUCGGUCCCUUGAAUGCUAAGCUAAUAAAAUUUCCAUUAACCGAAGAGUGCCAACGAGCUUCUAUGGAUCAGUCCUAGUCGUGCAAUGUCAUUUCCAUUUUUGUUAGGGUGCGUGGAUGAAAUGUAUAUUCAGCAGCCUAAAACUGAUAACAUUAGCUAUUACAAUAGAAAAGGAAUUUUUUUAAUUGUUGUACAGGCAAAAGUGGAUAGCAAAAUGCGUUUUACUGAUGUUUUCGAUGGAUAUCCAGGACGGUGUCAUGAUACAUCCGUGGCGUAGCAGCCCAAUACGACAAGCUAUCGUAAGCAAAACGCUGAAAAUUCCUCCACAAUACCAUUUAUUGGAAGACGGCGCUUAUCCCUUGGAAACUUUUUAAUGGUAUGUCCAGCUUGUGGCCCAUAAAUCAUUAGUUUUAAAUUGGAUUGGAUGAGAUGAUCAUAUUCGAAGUGAAGUAUCUAAGGAAAGCAAAAAAAUGGAGAAGAUGAAAUUAUACUACACUGCUAUCAUCAAAUAUUAUCAUGGGCUUUUUGAAUAACUAGUCAUUUAGGUAAAAAGGAAGGCCACAAAAAUCAAUACGUCAGCAUUAUCACGAAAUUCGUCGCCUGUUUAAGACUAAAUUUUGAAGAGUCAAAUUAUUCAUCUAUCUGCUUGCGAAAAUUGAUAUUAAUACACAAAUUAGGACACCUGAAGAAAAAAAACUACACAAACUGCAUGUGCAAACUAUAAUCGUCAGUUGUACCUUUAAUACUUACUAAUAGUACUGCUGAUUCGACAAACAAGAAGUUUAUAAAUACAAAAAGGAUGAAAGCGCAAAAAUUUAAAAAUCAAUAAAAUAGAAAAAGUAUGGUUCUUCCUUGUGGUAGAAAAUGUUGAAUCUGGGACUUCAAAGAGUAGUAUAUACGGGUAUAUUGACUAGUAGAUGUAUAUGACUUUAAAAUAAGUACGACUUGUAAUCUGAAAUAUUUGUUUCAAACAGUCAGAGAAAUAUCAGAAAUGAUUUUUAAGUCCGAAGAUAUGCGAUGAUAAUGUCAGAUAUUCACAUCUAAAAAUACAGAAAUAUUCUAAAAUGGACAAAUUUAAUAUUUUUUUGCAAUCGCAAAUUUUAUAUAAACAUAAAAGCUGAUUAAAAAAAUUUAGCAAUAAACAUCAACGCUAUAUUAUAUGACUAUAGGAAGUCAUCAUAUUCUAAAUUUUAAAAACUUCACUUUUUAAUAUUAGUGUUUUAAUCAUCAUCUACGCCCACUGCAAUAAAAUGGUUGGUACGCAAGAAAAACAAACUAUGAACUCUCACUCAGGAAGUAAUCUACCGCAUAUACUCAACCAUCUUGACGUAACUGCAGUAAUCACAAAUGAUGUUGUAGGUACAAUUACCGAUACAUCCAUUGGUAACAGUGUUACUAAUCAUUCAACGAAGAAAAUUGUCAAUCAUAAUAGUGACGCCAUAACAGACUUCUCUCAUGCGAGAAAAACAAUCACUUAUGCAGAUAGCACUGUGACCGUGAUAAAGAACUCUAACGAAAAUGUAAUCUCGAAAAUUAAUUUUUGCUCGCAGAUCCAAUCACAAAAUCAAUUUGUUCAUAACUGUAGUAACAGUGAUAUAUGUUUCAAGCAAAAUAUUGUUCGACAAACUCAAGUGUCCCUAGAAGAUUCCACUGAUAGCAUCAAUGGGUUAUCUACACAGUUUCAAAUAUCGCUGCAGAGACAAAUAGAUGAAAAUGUCAGUCCAGACGAACAACAUAGUAUUGGUAAUCCAGGAAAAGGAAAGAUUGAUGCAGUUGACAACAAUUGGUAUUCCUCUAAGUCACUUACGGUAUUAUCACUGGGAAGGGUGCUUUCUACAUCUGGUGGUUUAUCAUCUGCUUCCCCUUCGACACCAAUUGCGACAUUAAAAAGUCAAAUCAGUGUCGGUUUACCAACAGAUACAACAUGCAAUAACCCAAGUAGCGAAGCGUUGGCAAAAAUUGCUGCAAUAGAUGGUCAAUUGGAGGAAAUAUCGAAAGCUGGAGAAACAUUUCUGCUGCAUGAGCAGAUCAUUAUGUCAGGGCAGCAAAAGAAUGCUUUACAAGAUAAACCAAAGUCAUUAGUGGUGUCACCGCAACAAGUAAUGAUAUUAUAUAUGCAUAAAUUAACUCCAUAUGAACGUGCUGAAAUAUUAGCGUAUCCGCAUAUAUAUUUUAUUGGUGCCAACGCUAAGAAACGUUCGGGCAUUUUCGGCCCAAAUAAUUCUGACUAUGAUAACGAACAGGGAGCCUAUAUCCAUAUACCACAUGACCACGUAGCCUAUCGUUAUGAAAUGCUUAAAGUGAUAGGCAAAGGGAGCUUUGGACAGGUAAUUAAAGCAUACGACCAUAAGACACAUGAACAUAUCGCUUUAAAAAUGGUCCGAAAUGAAAAACGUUUCCAUCGCCAAGCACAGGAAGAAAUUCGCAUUUUGCAUCAUUUACGUAAACAAGACAAGUAUAAUACAAUGAAUAUAAUCCAUAUGUUUGAUUAUUUUACAUUUCGGAACCAUAUGUGUAUUACUUUCGAACUGCUCAACAUAAAUUUAUAUGAGUUGAUAAAAAAAAAUGGUUUUAAAGGUUUUAGCCUCCAACUUGUGCGAAAAUUUGCACAUUCGCUAUUACAAUGUUUAGAUGCAUUAUACAGGAAUGAAAUUAUUCACUGUGAUAUGAAGCCUGAAAACGUAUUACUAAAACAGCAAGGACGUUCCGGCAUUAAGGUCAUCGACUUUGGGUCAUCAUGCUAUGAAAGUCAACGUGUUUAUACCUACAUCCAAUCUCGUUUCUACCGCGCACCUGAAGUUAUACUUGGAUCUAAAUACGGACGAGCAAUUGACAUGUGGUCGUUGGGAUGCAUUUUGGCUGAGUUGCUUUCUGGGCAUGCCCUUUUUCCUGGGGAAAAUGAAAGUGACCAAUUAGCAUGUAUAAUUGAAGUUCUUGGUAUGCCAAACAAAAACUUGCUUGUCUGUGCUAAACGCGCAAAGGCUUUCUUUAACCCAAAGGGAUAUCCUAGAUACUGUACGAUACGCACAAUGACUGAUGGUACAGUCGUUUUAACUGGUGGCCAAUCGCGUAGAGGAAAGGUUCGUGGACCGCCAAGUUCUAAAAGCCUUUCAAAUGUUUUAGAUGACUGUAAAGACGGAUUGUUUUUAAAUUUUAUACGGAGUUGUUUAGAAUGGGAUCCACAAAAGCGAAUAACACCGGCAGAAGCCCUUAAACAUCCGUGGUUGCGCCGACGUCUUCCACGGCCACCUAAUUAUGUUAGUUAUUCUGGUGAUGGAGAUAAUAUUAGUGGCGACAAUAGGAACAAUGGCGAUCACAUUCCUACAAACGGUAAACAAACAAGACUGUAAAGUUCCACAUACAUUUUGUGCUAGAUAUAUGAACAUUACGUUAUAUAAAGAUUAUUAACGAGUAUCUACUACCUCUCAGUAGUCUGGAUUCUAUAGCACAAUUUUGCUAGCUUCUCUGGAUUACACUACAGUGUGGAGUAUUUAAAUCGUUGGCGGCAUAUUAGCAGAACAGCGACGCUCAUGGCUUCUUCAUAAAGUAAACUUAUUAUAAUAAUUAUGAACGUUUUAGUGUUAUGUAUGAUUUUUAUGUUGUAAGCCAUUUUAAGCAACAGGGAAAAUGCUUUCAAGACAAUGCAUUUCUUUUCAUAGUAAUAUAAGUGACAUGAAUAAAUGAAGAACGAACGUAAAUGCCAUUUAAACGAA